GUUCGACAUGGCUCUUAAAUUUGUCAUCUAUUUCUAGUAAUGCCCUGAAGGCAGAAUACUCGCGGUCAUGAAAGUUCGACAUGUUGCAAGCGUGCUGCCCGUAAGGUUCUACUCUACUAUUAUGAUCGGAACCGGAUCCUGGUCGUCAAAGCAAUGCUGUGUCCAGAUCACGAGAUCACUAUUGGCAUCUUUCGUGAGAUGGCCAAUGACCAGCUGUUCGCUAUGCAGGUUAAGAGCGAGGGCUUGAUUCAGUCAUCGCCAGCGACCAAGCUUGGGAAUUGGGACCAAGGAACCAGACGCCUGUUGGGGACCUGAUGCCAUUGGCGACAUCAAGUUUGUGCUUGAAGUCGGGAUUUCAGAAUCCGCACGACGGCUGGCUACUGACGCUCGGGGCUGGCUGGAGACUCCCGGAACUACUGUCACGACUGUCGUAACGAUCUCACUAGGCAACUGCAAUAAUGAUAAUAUGAUCGAAAAGCCGAUUACAAUCAGUGUCUACAAUGCUUAUCCCAUCGGAAGUCGCAGUGUGCCACACAGUGCCUUCCAAACCGCAUCAGUCUCGAUUUCUCGUCCACCUGGAGCAACUAUGCCCACAUUGUUGGCCAGGUAGCGGGGUACAUGCAGGACAAUAAGGUCUUUUUUUGCGCCAGGUGCGCGACCCCGUUAUGGGUUGGCUAUUGGAGUAUAGCCCGGCUGUUCGACACCAUCAUACGUACAGUUAUGGUUUUGAAGGAACCAUUCACACAGGCGGAGACGCUAACAGAUGAAAUCCGCCUCAACUUGGAUAUGUUUAUUGGUCACUCACCUAAUGGAGGCUCAGAAGGCGACAUUGUCCUGACGAAGAACUUCUUGGAUUUGCGGGAAAAGUUUGGCGCCACCAGCGGCUGCGGCGACAGAAAUAGCUCAAGAAACAUGACCAGAACUAGUAUAAGAUGUAUGCGCCUGCCUCCACAGCCACAGUUCAAAUAACGGUCCAGGUAUGUCAGAGCAGCAGCGGACCAGCUGAAUGUCCCCAGAUUCUAUGUGUAAUAUCUAGUAUCUAAUAAUCUAGUAGCUAAUUUAGUAUCUACAUAUACGUCAAUCAAAGAUGUGCCUGCUCUUUUCUAAAUGUCUCAAAAUCAUAGCCCAGCUGCUCGAUGCU